AUGUUGUUAGCGAAUGGAUCAUUUUGGGUGUUAUCUGUCGCAUUGUUGCAUGUAGCUCAGUUUCUUCUGGCCUUCUGUGCCUUUGGUGCAGGAAAAGCCAAGCUACAAUUUACUUCAGAAGAGGAUCCUAAUUCGCGUUUCCAGUGCAAAGGGUCAUUGGGUGAUUACGUCGCUUGUCAGUGUCGUGAGGAUGAUAGCGAAUUGUCCUGUAUAAAUGCUCAAUUUGUUGAUACAGAUAUCUUUCUUCAUGUAAAUAAUCGUUACAGGCAUUUUCGGAAAGUGACAUUUCAUGGCAAUAAUUUUCAAGAUUUACCGAACAGUCCAUUAUUUGGACAAAAUGAGCAUGAAAAUCUUGAGGUGUUAAAUAUCUCAGCAAAUUACAUCGUGAAUUUACAUUCAAAUGCUCUCAAAAGAUUACCAAAUUUGCUAGUGCUUGAUCUGAGUAAUAAUGAAGUGUUGUAUCUGAGGCGAGCAUUCACGCUACUUGUCAACCGUACUAUACAAUUUUCACUAAUGAUGCAAAUGUUCAAAAAUGCGAAUUUAAAGGAGCUAAACUAUGUUGAUCUGAGCUACAAUUACUUCACUACUUUACCAUUUGAUUUGCCAUGUGUAUUUCCGUCUCUGAAGUAUCUCGAUUUACGUCAGAAUUUCCUUCAAACGCUCAAUCUUAAUACAACAUGUGUUACGAAUAUUGAGACUAUUGAUCUCAGCAGAAAUCACAUCCAUCAACUAAAUGAAGCAUUCCGACAUGGAAUCGGUGCACGCGUACCACCAAAUUCGUUGCUGUUAAGGAAUUCAUUUCAUUGUAACUGUGAAAGUAUUGCAUACAUAAAGUGGAUUCGAGGGACUAAUAAAGUCCGUGAUAAAGAGCAGCUUUUAUGUCAUCGAGCUAGUCCAUCAGACUAUGUUGGAGCUGAACUUAUCAGUGUACCACUGGAAAAACUUGAUUGUGCUAUAUCUCUUACAAUUACACAAAACGUUGCUAACUCAGUUUACUUCGUACAAUUAAAUAUUUUAGCAGUAAUAAUUUUGCAGCUGUGA